UCUUCUCUCCCUUGUGCCAGCAUCUUUAGUGUGGGCACCCAGCUAUGACAACUUGCGGCUUCAUGCGCGAGAAGUGCUGCACUUUGUGAAUGGUCUGCAGUCUCUGGUCAUCUCCUGUACUAUGUCCGCAGUCUGUGGUCAUCUCCUGUACUGUGUCCGCAGUCUGUGGUCAUCUCCUGUACCGUGUCCGCAGUCUGUGGUCAUCUCAUGUACAAUGUCCGCAGUCUGUGGUCAUCUCCUGUAGUAUGUCCGCAGUCUGUGGUCAUCUCCUGUACUGUGUCCACAGUCUCUGGUCAUCUCCUGUACCGUGUCCGCAGUCUGUGGUCAUCUCAUGUACUAUGUCUGUCUCUCUGGUCUCUCCUGUACUAUGUCCGCAGUCUCCUGUCAUCUCCUGUACUAUGUCCGCAGUCUCUGGUCAUCCCCUGUACUAUGUCCGCAGUCUCUAGUCAUCCCCUGUACUAUGUCCGCAGUCUGUGGUCAUCUCAUGUACUAUGUCUGUUGUCUCUGGUCAUCUCCUGUACUAUGUCCGCAGUCUCUGGUCAUCUCCUG